AUGUUCAAUAUAAAGUUGGUGUUUUUUUUUCGUAAACAACGUUUAUCUGUUGGUGUUGGACGAUCAAUUCAUGAUGCUGAAAUGGCUGCUGCAAAAAAUGCAUUAGAACAACAUGCACAAAUGUUUCCAUUAUUAAAUUAUCAAAAAUCAGUUUUAGCUUCAUCAAACCAUCAUCAUAAUAAUUCGAAACGUAGAUCAACAACAACAGGUAAUAAAAAUGAGAAUAAUCAACAACAACAGCCAUUUUCAUUAAGAAAUGUUAAAAUGAGAGGUAAUGUUUCAUCAAUGAUUAUUACAUCGGCAAAAGUCACAAGUUAG